CUCCUCUCAGAUACUUCAAAUGCUGGCCUGCAUAUCCCUCAUCCUGCUUAUGCUCCCUGCGGCCCUUGCGGCGGCCGCUGGUGGAAUGGCACUCUCAUUUGACGGGGUGGACGGUACUUCACAAAUGGGGUGCGGCCGCAUUGGUGGCUGUGUGUUUUGUGCACUUUGCAGACUUCCUUUAUCUCAUCGAAAGUGGAGGAGGCGGCAUCGACUUUCUGCAGACCGAUUUCACACUGGUAAGCCUGCAUAUUGCAUUGUCUCUGCAGACCAUGGCCCCUUGUGUUCCUUGGCAUUUGCAGGAGUUUUGGUACCAGCAGCGUGAGUCGCAGGAGCAGAACGACAUCGAGAAACAGGUCAUCGUGCAGCAACAGGCCCUCUCUGGGGAGCGUAUCAUCGUUAUUAAGGCCAAGUGGUUCCAAAUCGGCUUCGUGUCGACGCGCUUCGGCUUUGACGGCGACUACGACCCUCAUCAUCGGGCCGUGACAUGCGCUCUCAAUGCCACGCUCACUGGGCAAGACUGCAAAAUCUAUGUGGAUGGAGCGGCUCCGCCGGAAGCCCUCUUCUCUGAGCACUUUGAGACGCCAUCCAUCCCGGCGGAUGUGCAGUCGUACCUCACCUUCGGCACUCAAGUCGACGUUUCGACCAAGGACCGCACCCACUUUAACCUCUUCAGCGGUUUUAUUGAUGAAGUCCGCUACUGGAAAGGCGUCCGGUCACAGGCGGAUAUCCAGGCAACAAUGUACAUGACGGGAUCCACCGUCGCUUCGUGGCUCGCCGCUAAUGGCAAUGUGCCCCCGCUCCAUGCGCAGUGGUCUUUUGAUGAUCCUGACGAGGCAGGGCUGAUCAGGGAAGGCGGCAUAACGCUCAGCCGACCUCUUUAUGAAGAAAGUCCCUUCUCAUUGAAUGGAGGGCAUCACUUUGUUCUGGCUCGCGAGGACGUCUUGAAGGAGGAAUCGCUGCCAGCGGGCCUCGGGAUCAUCACUAACGGCGUUGUGUUCCGGUUGGAGACGAGCGACAACCGUCUGGGCAUUCAGAUGCAGCGACUUGGCGGGGUGAGGGAGUAUGUACCUGUGGUGGGCGGCGAGAUGGUUGCUCUGGCGUCUGUGUAUUCCAUGGACAAGUAUUGGGUGCAGCCGAGCGGGACCGGUGAAGAGGAGGGGUUGGGCAUGACCGUGACGCCCUGUGGGGACGGAAGCUGCUCAGUCAGGGAGGCCAGUGUGCCGUGCGUCGUGCAAGUCAAGGGCGAGACACCGCCCAUUGCCGGCGGCAGCUACGUCGCUCGCCUCUUCGGCAAGUAAGUGUCCGCAGCCAGCCCAUGAACAACCAUGCUGGCAGUGUACGUGUGUGUCCUCUUUCAGUGAUGGUUAUCUGACUGCCGCUCAGCUGCCCCCGGGCCGUGAUGUGACGGUGGGUAGUGAGCGCUAACCUCAUAUGCGGCUGUCCUGUCUGUCUGUCUGUAUGUGUGUUUGCGGCCGGCCAGGUCGAAAUGUGGUUCCACUGGCACUCGCUGCCCCUUGGCUACACGUGCAUUUUCUCACUGGAUCGGUCGGUGGGAUGGAACGGCCACAAGGUGUGUCUCGACGGCGGCAACGUCAUAUUCCAGUUUCGCAAGGACAGCGGCAAACACACACUCAUUGUCAAUGAGAUGCGGUAAGAGCGUGCCAGACAGAGAGACACAGACGCCGACUCAGUAUGUUCCUCUCCCUCCUCCUUGCUGUAUGUCAGCACGACUGUGCCACAGCACAUCGCAUUCAGCUGGGCGCUGGUCAACAAGACGGCGGACAUAUGCAAUCCAGCGACACUCUGGGAGAUCAGGUGCAGACAGCCUGCUCAUGGUCGCAUCAACACUUAUUGUGUGUGUGUGAGCGGACAGGGUGUACCAAAACGGCGUCCGUCUGCCGGUGUCGCAGGUGGACAACCUCGUCACAGCACACAAGUCCCACAGGAAUCAGCUGAAGCCUGAGUGUGACCUGGGAGAAACGCAGACCGCCCCAACGUUCGGCCAGGUACACCAACAUCACGAUCAUUUCGUGGCGAUUCUCGUCCAUCUUUCUCCCAUCCAUAAAGGAUUGGGACAAGGGCGGCACAAGUGGUCUGAAGCCCUCAGAUUUCAUCAGCGGUGAGUACAGCGAGAUCAGACUUUGGAGGGGCCAGCGGACGGACCAGGAGAUCGCCGAGAAUUGGAACAAGCGGCUCACAGGUGAGAGAGGGAGAGGCGGCAGGAACCAAUCGGCGUGUAUGGCUGUGUCUCUCUCUCUGUGUGAAUGUGUGAGAAAUGAAGGCAGGGAAGGAAACCUUUAUGUAUACUACCCAAUCACAGGUGUGCACUGUACCUACCGAUGGGGUGGUAGAUCCACAGGUCUAUCCAUCCAUAUGUAUACCGAGCCGACCGACACAUCUGACCACGUGGCUCUUCCUCUCCUCCUUCUCAGAGGACGACAUGCUGCGCAUCCCCAGCGAGGUAUAUGCAGACUUACAUCAGUAGACAGACGGGCAAAGACACCGGCCAUGUGUGUGCAUUGGUUCAUUCGUAGUCCAACGAGAGUCCCCUGAUCAACUAUGCUGCAGCCACAGGGGCAGAAAUGGACGGCACACUCUGGUGCGUGUCCUCGGCAUCAAGCUGCAAGCCAUGGCUUCGCACGGGAUUUGACGUCACCCUCGGACGAAUGCCCGAACUGGCGGUGGGCGCAGCCGGCCGUGAGACACCGGAGGCGACAUCGGAUUUCUUCCUGUCUCAGGGCUAUCCAUAUUCCAAUGACGUGCCCUCUGCCUUCAGAAAGGCCCUCACCUUCCAGUCUUCCGACCCUGACAACAUCUCAUUGCGGCCGUACACGCCGCAGCUCGACGCCAUCACCGUCAACGUGACUCGGCUGCCCGACAGCAGCUGCGGGUCGGUGUGGAGUGAGGACAGGGCCGACGGCACAAGCGUGAAGGUGGAGACGGAAGGGCACACCCACGAUGACGCCACGCACCGAUUGGUGUUUGAGGCAGAGACGCUCUCGCAGAGUAUUGCCAACUGCUCCACAGGUUAUCAAUCAAAAUGCACCACCGACGGGAGGAACUCACGCGUGUACCGCUGACUGACAUCUUCCCUUUCCUGGAUUUUGUGGUUGAAGGGAUCGUGUACCAUGCUAUGGACCAGGUUGGCGGGGUCUCUGCCCACACCGCCGAGCUGGGCAUCCACGUGAUCCCCACAGGGCCCCAGCUGAUUCAUGUACGAGCCGUCGACCCCAAGCUGCCUCCGGAGGCAGGCAUACAGCCAAAUGACAUCCUGAUUCUUGCCUUUGACAGACCCACAAACAUGUAAGCUGAAGACUCAUGGCUCUGAUUGGAUGCCUGCCUCUUUGUGGUCGGGUGUGUUGACAGGCCGCCGAUUGAUGACUUGGCUACAUUGAAGCGCUUCGUCACUCUCACAGAUGGGUCGUGGGGCGAUGAAAUCAACCUCAGCAUCAAGGUCCGCUGCACACGCAUGGCAUGCAUCCAAGCAGACGUGUGUACGUUCGAUUCCCUCUGUCUCUCCUUCGCCGUCAGGGAGUGUGGUCUCGCCUGUCCCAUGGCCGCACUCUCACUGUCCAGUUCCUCGCCGUCAACACAUCACAGCCGCCCAUCUUCAACACAUCCACAGUCGUCCAUGUCGUUGGCGGCAGCGAAGCACUCGACUCUCAGCUCUUUGGGAGGCCGAGGCCUGUGAUUGGCGACGCAGCCAUGGACACACAAGAGGACAUUGACAAGGUGAAGCCGACAUAACACUGGUCUAAACUUACAUGUCUCCGACCCUGUGGUUCUGUGUCUGCAGAAUACUCUGCGUGGGACGAGUGAGGACGGCGGUCGCAUGUACUGGGCCAACACGAGCCUGUCAAUCAGCGACACCACCUUCAGUGUCAGGCCAUGCCCCGCUGACCAAGUUUUCUCGAAGCUCACCGGACAGUGAGUGACAGACACAUUGAGACCUAUAGAUAGACACACACAUAUAUCACGCAGAGAGGCGAAGCAGAGCAAGGGAGGGCUGUUCUUUUGUGCAGGUGUUCGUACUGCGGCGCGAAUCAAGUUCAAAGUGACGACGGCCUCGAGUGCACAUGCCUGCCAGGACACCAGCCAUACGAUAGUGACACCGUCCCACCUCCCGAGAUGAUAGGCAACCUGUCGAGCAACGACCUGGUCUGCAUCUCUUGUCCCCCUGGUACCGAGGGGAGGGACGGCUUGAGCUGUCUUCCCUGUGCAGAAGGCCUUUUCAGCUUGGGAAGUGGUCAGGUAGUGUGCUCGCCAUGCCCCGUAAGCCACUCAGAUGUGCCACAUUCAUAAACUUGUUGGUCACUGCUGCACAAUGCAGGUUGGUCGUUACCGCAACUCAUCGACGAGUGCGGCCGAAGAGUGUGUGUCGUGCCCGCCCGGCACUGCAGCGCCCAAGGUCGGUCUGGCUGAGUGCCAACCGUGUCCGCCCGGCAGAUACAGACCCGCAGACGUCGCCGACGCCAGCCAGUGUCUCAGGUAAGUACAUUCAUUUGUGUCGCAGAGACAAGGCACAAGUAACAGUGACACUUCUUUCUCUGUGUUGUACCUAUCCAUCCAUUUAGAUGCGGUGAAGGUUAUUACCAGAACGAGACCGGUCAGGUGUCCUGUCAUCGGUGCCCCGCCAACACAGGCAAAACCACCCUCUACCCUGGGGCCGAGACAAUCGAUGAGUGUGUGGUACGUAAGUAAAAUGUGCUCAUUGGGUGUCAUGGAGGGGGUGAUGCUGAUCCGGUUUGUGUCUUGUCUCUUUGUUUGUCUGUGUGUCAGUGCCCCGCCGGCUUCUACCUCAACCAGCGAAAAGACACCUGCACCGAGUGACA